AACGAAUGUAAAGUAAACAAGAAAUCAAAGUUUAAAGUCUUUAUUGAUAGAUACACGCAAAACUGAGCUCGAACCAAUAAUAGUGUUAAUUAUGAAUGCAACGCAUUCCAUUCAAUAGCUUUUGUCAAGCACACAUUCAGAUUUAAUUUUAUUUUGCAAGCAUUAUAAACAGAUUUGAUAAUAAAUUUUAGUAGAAAAUGAUAGUGAAAAAUCAGUCAGGAUGGAUUCUAUUGUAUAUCAAUAUUAUUUUUAAAUAUUCUGUUGUUGCUCUAGAAUUGAAAACCGGCCAAAAUGAUACUAUAUCAUAUCAAAAUUCUUCGGAAGCAAAGCAGUUCGAAGAGAGUUAUGAAGCUCCAAAGGAACUCAGCUGGACGAAUAUUAAUGACCAAGUGGAUUUUGUGAUUCCGAUGUUUUUAAAUCACUUACAAUAUAUGAAGAUUGAACAUUUGAAUUUGCCUGAUGUUGUCGAAUCGAUAUCCUUGUCAUUGCUAGUGGUUGUGAGUCCAGCACGUUUGAUUUUGAACAACGGCAUUGCGUAUAACCUGGAAGGAGUGGAGCGAUACGGCGACGCUUUUAUGACAUACAACGAUAAGCGCUUUUAUAUUCGGUUUGAUAUAAAAAUUAGUAAACUACAGUUUGAGUACAACUAUUUACUGGAAAUUAUACCGAUUAAUGGAUACGGAAAUGUAAUUGGCACCUUGGAAGAUACGAUUAUCCAUACAAAUAUCGCAAUAGACGUUAAAAAUCUCAAUUUAACCUUACAAAACUUCCGUAUUGUAAAAUUUAGAAAAAUAAACGUGCAAUUGGAUGAAAUUCAGAUCAUAAGGCAGCUCAGUGGUUUAAUUUUAACACCCAUUACGAACUUAUUCAAAAAUCGGAUAACUACUACAAUAUCGGAUGGUUUGGAAAAGGAAAUGGAAUUGAUCUUCAAUGAUUUUAAUGAGGGUGAUCCCUUACAGCUGCGAACAUUUGCAAAUCGGCUACUAGCUGGAUUGACAGGUUAAUAAGGGAAAUGUGCACUUUAAUUUAUCGUUACACAAUUUUUUUUAUAAAACCGCGUAGUGUAAUAAAUUUAAUUCUUUUAUUUCCUAAUUCGCAUAAUAUAUAACAGUACUGUUACUUUAUCCUUUUGAAAAAAUAUCAAAACUGGAAUCAAAAAUCGGCAAAAAGUAGCUUAAGAUGCUAUGCACCAAUUGAAUAUAUAAAAUGUUGUGGUGCUAACCACUAUUAAAUCGUGCACAUAUGAGUUCUGUUGAUAUAUUUAUUUAAACUUACCGUUGUAAUUAUGUACUUAAUACUACUCAAAUUAAAAAAUUACCAAAAUUAAUUCAUACUCCGUCCAUAAAUUUAUAUUAUUAUUAUCUUAAAUCCCAUUUAUCGGUGAUAACUCCUUUGUUAGUAUCGCAUGUAAUUUUAAAAUAUUUGUUGGUUAUGUUUUAAGGAACAGCUUCCCAUAUGCAACCCUCUAUACAGCAAAACUUACAAGAAAUCGGUUCGAGAAUAAUAAGAUCAAGUCCUGCAAUAAGCCCCAUCAAUUCUCUAUAAACAAAAUACAAAACAAAAAUUGAACAUAUUUGGAAAUCCAUUACAUUAGAAAAGUAUGGCCUGGACUCUUCUUUGAAGGGCCGAUGUAAACAGUAACUGACGCAACAGACGUUGCUACAUAAAUUCUAAUUUUGAGUCCCACGUCUUAAUUUGGGUCAAUAUUUUAACUCAGUUCUUUUUAACUAUAGAAUUAUUUAAAAAACAUUCACAUCGAAAUAAAUUUCCAAGCCCUUAAAGCAAGUAUUUUCACUAAAUAUUAAAUUGUGAGAGACAAUAUAAAGGGUAAAUUUGUAUGUAUAAUAACAAAAAACUUGUAUUACGAAUUAAAAGUGGGCAAGGCAAGUAUGUACAAUAUAUAACUAACGGUAUUUCAGCUAAAUAUUUAUAACUAACCGUAAAUACCUUCCAAGCCCUGGGGAUAUUUGUAUUGAAUGAUAUAUUUCACAUAUAUAUGUAUUUAAAGUGCAAUAUUUAGGUUAUUUAUCCAAUUUAAAUUUUUUAUACGAAAUGCAGAUAUUUAAUAUGAAAUAAAACCACUCGCGUUUCGAGUAUGGUUAUACAAUUGCUUAUUUUAUUAUAUUAUUACACUGUCUUAUAAGAUGACAAAAUAUAUAUUUUUUAUAAUAUCAAAUGCCUAACAAACCUAUGUACGUAUUUUAUAAUUUAUCGAGAAUAAAAAAUGUUACCUAUUUUAAUUUAACAAA